CUCUCCUUGAUGCUCGUGUUGGCAGCGGCCGUUGUCUCGGCGUUUUCGGUCAUGACCGUACGCGCAGAUGAUGGGUCGCCCUAUCUGGAAAGUCCCAUGGAUGGACGCUUUGAAAAGACAAAAUUAUUGAACAUCUUGUCGAGAAUUUUUCCUUCAUCUCAACAGGCUCGAUACCUUUACGAUGAUUUGCUGUACGGAGGCGCAAAAAGGUCAAUCGGCGGCCCUGCACCUGGAUUUGUGGGGGCUCGUGGUAAAAAGGGCGGAGUUCCUGGCUUCGUGGGUGCACGAGGUAAGCGUUUUUGGAUAGGUUCAACUGAGGAGAGACGACGAUAAAUGUGAACAGUCAUUGAGUUUCACGUGAAGAAUAUAGUGCUCCACCUACGAAGAGUUGUUUUAGAGUAACGAACACGGGAAAGCCACCGGUUGCUAAUUAGACUGUCAAGCAGAAGACGUGAAACGUACGAACUUCGGGUAAAUGGUAUAAGAAGAACAGCGGACGUCACGUACUUAUCAGGCCGUCAUGUUGCUUACAUGACCACAUUAGAUAUAGAGGGGUGUGCGUCAAUAUUAAAUUCAAAAUUCAUUAGUUCGGCAUUGUUUAAUACCGCCACUCAUUAAUAAUAGUAACACUAAUUACUAUUAGGUAAAAGCACGGUUGAAGUGAGCUGUUUUUUGUUCCCGCCGCACGCCGACAUACAUAUCUAUCGACGGUUUAGAUUGUGAAUUACUUUAGCUUUUGUUUUUUUGUAUAAACUUAAGCCAACAAUUCAGAAGCGAUUCAACAUUUAAUUAAUAGAGGCCUUUCAAUGGUGUAGAUGAUCAUAUCUGCUUUAUUCUAUUAUUAUUACUAUUAUCAUUGUUGUUGUUGUUGUUGUUGUUGUUGCUGCUGCUGCUGUUGUUGUUGUUCUAAACUAAAAAUACCGCAGCGUUAUUGUAAGUCUCAUGGUCAAUCCAGAAAUAAGCUAUUUUACAUCACUUGAACAUGUUUCGUCUACGACCCCCUCCUAUUAGAAACUACGGAAAAAAGAAGAAAAUGUUAUUAAAAUUAUCACUUUAUUGUUCUUCUCAACGUUAGGCACCUUGAAUGAUCAUUGUGGAAGUGUCGUUUACCAUUAGGCAAUUUUAAUUGAUUGUUAUGGUAGCAUAGUACUUAUUGUACAGAGAAGGUACCCAGGUACAGAAGAAGGUAGAAGGUACAGAGAAGUAACCCAUCAUUGAACCCACUGGUGUGGGUUCAAUGAUGGGUUACUCUCAUCUAUACUGGGCAUACGUAGACAUCGUUGGACUCCUCAUCAAUAAUAAGCUGUGAGGGCAAACAAACAAAGGUCCGGCUGAUCGAAUGAAUGAUACGCCGAUGACUAAUAAAUGAUAAUGAUCUAGAACACUCCUGUCCGCACAGAGCAUCAUCUAAUUACUGUGCAAGUAAUAACACUAUAGCACGUACGGCUGAUAGCAGACCAACUACAGAAUGUGUAUUAACAAGCCAAAUAAAGUAUCUGUUUGAUAGACUGAGUUGAAACAAUGAAGCACAGUGAUAUGAUGUAGGAAAUAACACCGCCAUUAAACAACACCCACAACAAUAACAUGGACAACAACCUAGCAUAGAUAAGGAACGCAGACAUAAACAAGCAAACGAAAAAAAGUAUACGAAACAGGACUGGUUAGAUCAACGAUACAGGGAUAGAAGGAUACGUAUGAUAAAUGAUCACAUGUCAGAAUAAGUAAAGUUAUAAAGCUACUAUGCUGUAGCAAAUAUAAUCGAAUUAGGUGAAGCUAGUACGAUAUAACAAAGUCUCAGUUGUUGAUGCUGUGCUGAUAGAGAACUUAACUAUGCGAAAAAUCGUCCAGUUGAAAAAAUGAUUACUGACUGGGUCGACCAUUGCUUCUAUAUCAAUCUGACCUUGCC